GCCCUAGAUGUCCAUGAGUACACCUCAAACAAGCAAAUAAAAAAAAUGUCUUCCAUUCCACUCCCCACCACCAAUACCAUCUCCCCUUCUUCUUCCUCUUCAACCACCACCAUUUUUUCCACCUUGUAUUCUUCUCCUUUGUUUACAAAGACAUCAAAAAUUUCCACUAUCAGAAAGCAUAAUGGCCGUCAUAAUUUCAAAGUCUCAUGCAAAACCACAGAAGAUGGACAUGAGCAACACAACUCUCCCAUUGACAUUUCUAAAAAAACCGAUUCUUCAAGCAACAUGAUCGAUAGAAGAAACGUGCUACUUGGAUUAGGAGGUCUUUAUGGUGCUUCUACUCUUGUUGGUGGUCAUCCCUUUGCCUUCGCCGCUCCGGUUAACGGACCUGACGUUACCAAAUGUGGCCCUGCAAACUUGCCACCAGGUGCAUCACCAGUCAAUUGUUGUCCUCCUACAACGGGGAAUAUCAUCGACUUCCAGCUUCCACCACCACCCACCACACCCCGUAUCCGUCCUGCAGCUCAUUCCGUGGAUAGUGCCUACAUAGCGAAAUUCAAUAGAGCUAUUCAGCUUAUGAAACAACUUCCUGAUGACGAUCCACGUAGCUUCAGGCAACAAGCAAAUGUUCAUUGUGCUUAUUGUGAUGGUGCAUAUGACCAACUAGGUUUCCCUAAUACGGAGCUCCAAGUUCAUUCCUCUUGGAUUUUUCUUCCAUUCCAUCGUUGUUAUCUCUAUUUCUUCGAACGAAUCUUGGGAAGUUUAAUCAAUGAUCCCACCUUCGCCAUGCCAUUUUGGAAUUGGGAUCAUCCUGAUGGAAUGCGCAUUCCUGCUAUGUACACAAACCCUAGUUCUCCUCUCUAUGAUCGACUCAGAGACCGGAGGCAUCAGCCUCCGGUCAUGGUCGAUCUGGACUUCAAUGGGACCGAUCCUAACAUCAGUAACGCUGCACAAACUUCCCAAAAUCUCACAAACAUGUAUAGGCAAAUGGUGUCUCUAGGAAGAACUCCGGAUACUUUCCUGGGAGACCCUUACCGCGCUGGUGGUCAGCCCGGUGGAGGUGGGUCCCUCGAGACCAUGGCUCAUGGUGCGGUUCAUGUUUGGACCGGUGAUAGAACCCAAGCUAAUUUCGAAAACAUGGGAGACUUUUAUUCAGCUGGUAGAGACCCUAUUUUCUAUGCUCAUCACUCGAAUAUCGAUAGAUUAUGGACUGUAUGGAAAACCCUAGGUGGUAGACGUCAAGAUUUCACCGAUCCUGAUUUUCUAAACACUUCAUUUUUAUUUUACGAUGAAAAUGCACAAAUGGUACGUAUUAGGGUUCGCGAUGUGUUGGAUUCAAGAGGACUUGGAUACGUAUAUCAAAAUGUAACGAAUCAAUGGGUAAAUUCGCGUCCAACGCCUAGGGUAUCAAGGGCGUUGAGCAGCAUAAGAAGGCUCGUUGAAGCUAGAGCAGCUGAUAAUGAUGUUGUUACUUUUCCAAGACCAAAAGAAAUAUUCCCAACGAAACUUGACCAUGUGAUAAAAGUCAUGGUGAAAAGGCCAAACAAGAAAAAGAGGAACAAAAAGGAGAAAAAUGAGAAAGAAGAGAUUUUAAUUGUUGAAGGAUUGGAAGUGGAUAGUGAUGUUUUUGUUAAGUUUGAUGUGCUGAUUAAUGAUGAAGAUGAGACAUUGAUAUCACCAGAAAAUGCUGAGUUUGCUGGAAGUUUUGUGAAUGUGCCACAUCAUAGUCAUGGUAAGGGUGAGAAGAAACGUAAGACAAAGCUGAAAUUGGCUAUAACUGAGUUAUUGGAGGAUUUGGAUGCUGAGAAUGAUGAGAACGUGUUGGUGACUUUUGUCCCCAAGAAUGGUUCUGGUGCUGUUAAAAUUGGUGGUGUAAAGAUUGUGCUUGAGGAUUAGGAAAAAGGAAAAAAAAAUAAUUUUAAUUAAAUCAUUUCCUCAACUAAUUAAGCAUUUUCUUGAUGUACGGAGUAUUUUUUGUUUAGUAUCCUACUGUUUCUGAUUAACGUUGCAUUAUUGGACAGUGUAAUCAGUGGACACACGGUGUUUCUGAUUUAUAUGUCUAUUGUAAUUGACUGUUUGCGUGGAAUAAAGGAUAAAAAAAUUGGUUGUUUUA